UGUGGGAGGAGAAGGAGGAGGGAAUGAACAGGAGGAAGGAGAAGCUUUCUCAGUUUCUGUGAGUCCUGCUUGCUGUAGGCUACAGAAUGAGCGCAGUUGCUUUCCUCUCAGUCUGAGAGGCAACUGUUUCUCUUUUUUUUUUUUUUUUUUUUUUAGUUUUUCCUUCCCGUCCCGAGCCAGACAUAAGUAGGACUCACUGCAGAUUUCCUUUUCCUUACCGUACUUUUUUUGGACCCCCUCACCCGCUCCUGUGUUAUUAUUUUCGUGCCUGGGAAGUACCAUGCCGGUGGUUGGCGUCGCCUCCAAGCUCAGGCAACCCUCCGCCGUGGGCUCCAAGCCAGUGCAUACCGCUCUCCCCAUCCCCAGUGCUGUCAGGGCGGCCGCCUCGCAGGGCUACAUGGCCCGGCAGCAGGAACUCAGGGCAGGUGAGGGCGCCUCGCUGGGGCUGUCCUGCCAGCUGUCCAUCAAGUCCGAGUACCAGCAGGAGAGGACACCUGAAGGGAAGUCCAAAGCUGAAACGGAGGAGAGCAAGAUCUGCAAGAUUUACACAGACUGGGCCAAUCACUACCUGGCCAAGUCUGGCUGUCAGCGCCUCAUCAAGGACCUGAGCCAGGACGUCACCGAUGGAGUCCUGCUGGCACAGAUCAUCCAGAUCAUAGCGAAUGAGAAGGUGGAGGAUAUCAAUGGCAGCCCCAGGAGCCAGUCGCAAAUGAUCGAGAAUGUGGAUGCCUGCCUCAGUUUCCUGGACGCCAGAGGAGUGAAUGUACAAGGGCUCUCAGCAGAAGAGAUCAGGAAUGGCAACCUAAAGAGCAUCCUGGGCCUUUUCUUCAUCCUGUCUCGCUACAAGCAGCAGCAGCAGCAGCAGCAGCAGUACUACCAGUCCCUGGUGGAGCUUAGCCAGCAGACCAGCAGCACCGCACCAUCCGCCAGCAGCCUCAAGACACAAGACAUGCAGUCCAGUCUCACAGCACGAUAUGCAAGUCCUCCGGGCCACAGUGGAAUAGGGUCACCACAGAAGAAAAACACAAGGUUACCAGGCCCCUCCAGAGUACCUGCUGCAGGCAGCGGGGCCUCCAGGAGCCCGGGCUUAUCCAACCUCAACCGUCGCAGCCAGAGCUUCAACAGCAUCGACAAGAGCAAGCCUCUUCAGUAUGCCAGUGGCAACGACAGAGAAGCGGUGAGGGGUAUCCCAGUACCCGGGGGGAUGAAUGGAAGCGGUAUUGGUGGGACGGUUCCCACCAGCCUCAGCGGGCAGCAGCUGGCCUCUGCCAUCCCUUCACCCUCCGCCGGCAAAUCCUGGCGCAGCAAGUCUAUGAACCUCAAGCACAGCGCCACCUCCUCCAUGCUGGCCAGCCCAACGAACUCCCCCUCCCCCACGCUUUCGCCCUCUGAAGGCCUCCAGCCGCACGGAAGUGAUGGGUCAAAAGUACCUGGUGGCGGCGGACCCCAGAGGUCCAUGCUGGAGAAGUUCCGCCUCAUUAACCCUAGAUCGGCUUCACGAGCGUCGCCGUCUAUGGCAGAGAUGGCUUUGCAGGAGGAAGACGAUAUGUCAGAGUAUGGCGAGGAUGGAUUGACGCCCACGGGGUCAGUGUGCAGCAGUGGCAGUAGCAGUGCUACGGCCAAGCAAAUGUCCACCAAGACCACUCCGCCGUCCCUCGCUGCACCAAGCAAAACUUCCUCCUCUUCCCCAUCCCCUUCAUUUUCAAAAGCGUCCAGCAGCAGGUCCAUGGCGUCGUCCAAAGACAAGGAGGACAAAAGCAGAUCUGGUAAAUCUUCUAAGGACAGCUCACCAAAAGAGGAGUCUUUUGCCGACCCAACCAAGAAGACCUCCAAAAUCGCCAGCCUCAUCCCCAAAGGAGGGAAGCCAUCAUCUGGAAAGAAAGAUGGCAGCCCUUCCUCGGCUUCCAGCGGCAUCCCAAAACCAGGACUCAAAGCUCCUUCCGCCACGACGUCCAAGCCUCAGAGUCAGUCGCAGAGCCAAAGCCAGGCGGCCUUAAACAGCAGCGGCAACAUGCGGGGCGGAGAGGGGGACAGAGGCAAGCUGACCAAAGGAGGGCAAGGGGGGAGUUUCUACAUCCAGCGCUCCAGUGCAGGCCCAGAGGGCAAAAGGACCAGCAUGACCUCCUCCACCAGCACCUCAGCACUGUCUGGGUCCAGUGGGAUGCUGGGAGGAGGAGGAGUGGGCGGAGGAGGAGGAGCACUAGGUGGGAAUGGAGUAGUUCAGCUUCCUCAGCAGCAGCAGCACAACCACCCCAAUACCGCCACUGUGGCCCCCUUCAUGUACAGGACAUUCUCAGAAAACGACUGCACCAUGGUGGCCCCAGCAGACCCCUGCCUCAGCCCCACCAAGGGAGAGCUGGUCUACAGCAAGACAGCCAAACAGUGCCUGGAGGAGAUAUCAGGAGAGGAUCCUGAGACAAGACGCAUGAGGACGGUGAAGAACAUCGCUGACCUGCGGCAGAACCUGGAAGAAACCAUGUCCAGUCUACGGGGGACACAGAUCAGCCACAGUACACUAGAAACAACCUUUGACACCACGGUGACCACUGAGGUCAAUGGGCGGAGUCUACCAGCCCUCACCACACGCUCCUCCCCCAUGGCCUGGCGUCUGGGCCAAACACAAACCCCGCGUCUCCAGGCAGGCGAAGCCCCCUCAAUGCCCACAAGCUACGCUGCGCCCAGGGCGAGCACGACGAGCGCUGGCACCACCACGGGGCGCUACAGUGGCCACUCGGACCCCUCCAGGUUUGUGUACAGCGCCCCCCUGAGGCGAGCAGCAGCGGCAGCAGGGCCAAGGGGGGCGGAGCAGGGGGAGAAGGGUGGAGGAGGGCUGGAAAGAGGGAAGCAGAUGGAGAUGGCAGGGUACAUGAGUGAUGGGGACAUCCUAGGGAGGAACGGCCGGAUGGAUGAGAUCACCAGCGGAUACCUUACUGACAGCGGCCUCCAUCUGUAUGCACGGAACGCAGGCCGGGCCUCAGAUGCGGCUUCUUCCCGUGAAGUAUCCCAGAGAGGAAGCAAAGAGAUACAGGGCGACAUAGACAGUUGGGACGACAGCAGCUCGGUGAGCAGCGGCCUGAGCGACACGUUGGACAACAUCAGCACUGAUGAUAUAAACACACCCGCUUACUCCGCCGUCAGCUCAUCACGCAAAAGCAAGGGAGCCCAGUCCCAGAGAGGAGGCAGGUCCAAGCAUGCAGAGCAGGAGGUGAGCAGCAGCUGGGCCGGAGCCGAGGACCUGAAGAAGGUGGAGGAGGAGCUGGACGCAAGCAUGGACCCCAGCAGCGGCUCCUCCCGCUGGAAGCCUUCCUCAUCCUCCUCUUCCUCUCAAGCCCAGGGCACAUACGAAGAUGCAGGUCAGAAGGCUGCCGCGCUGGCCCAGAUGUCUCAGACGGGCUCGUGGAGGAGGGGUAUGACGGCCCAGGUGGGCAUCACGCCACCCAGGACCAAGGGAACCUCCGCUGGCCACAAAACACCAGGCAAAACCGAUGAUGCCAAGGCCUCGGAGAAGGGCAAGGCACCUUCCAAGAGCUCAGCCGCCAUCCAGCGCUCCCCCUCGGAUGCUGGGAAGAGUAGCGGAGAUGAAGGUAAGAAGCCUCCCUCUGGCAUCGGACGCCCACCCACCACUGCUUCUUUUGGAUACAAGAAGAUCCCGGGUCCCAGCGGUACCCUAAUCACCUCCAGUGGUGCAACACUCGCCAGCGGCUCAGCUACCCUGGGCAAGGCGCCCAAAUCCUCAGCUGCCCUCAGCAAAGGCACUGGCAUCGGCGCUGUGCGGAAGACCAGCCUGGAUGGCUCACAGCCCCAAGAUGACGGCAUACUGCUCAGCUGCAGUGGAUCUAAAGUCACCCUGCAGUACCGCUCUCUACCCAGACCAGCCAAAUCCUCCAGCGGCGUGGCAGCAGGCCGCAGUGGGCAUCGCUCCAGCUCCAGCAGCAUCGACUCAAAUGUUAGCGGCAAAUCGGCUGGAGGGGCAGCGACGCAAGCGGGUGCCAAACGCAGGGACGGAAAAGUUGGCUCAGACCGCUCCAGUCCUAUCACCAUCAACCAGACAGACAAGGAGAAAGUGGCGGUGUCAGACCAGGACACCACAGCAGGACUGUCCACGUCCCCAAAAUCUAGCCCCACCUCCAGUUCAACAGGCCAGUCCGGCCUCAGGCAGCCGGGCUCCAAGUACCCCGAUAUUGCUUCUCCUACUUUCCGCAGAUUGUUUGGCACCAAAGCCAGCAGCAAGGCCAGCUCUCCGGGCACUCCCGACUCUGGCAAGUGCCCCUCAAUACUGGGCAGCCCCCACGGCACGCUGGCGAGGCAGGCCAGUCUGGACUCGCCCUCCUCUGGCACGGGGAGCCUGGGCAGCGCUGGUGGCCUGAGCGGUGGCAGCAGCCCGCUGUACGGUAAAACCCCAGACCUGUGCACCGACUCCCCGGCCUCCAGCCCAGCCUCUGGCCUCUCCCUGCCUUCCAACGCUCGGCCCUGGCCUGCCUGUAGCUCGUCAGCUGGCAGCAAGGACACACUGAGCUGCCAAAGCAUGACCAGUCUGCACACCAGCUCUGAGUCCAUUGAUCUGCCGCUGGGCCACCACGGGCCCAAGGUUACACGAACCGGCAGUGUCAAGUCCACCCUGUCUGAGGGCAUGCCUCUUGACAGAAAUACGCUUCCCAAAAAGGGACUGAGGUACCCUCCGUCCUCUCGGCAGACGUCCCAUGAGGAAGGGAAGGAGUGGUUGAGGUCCCAUUCAACAGGGGGGCUCCAAGACACAGGCAGCCAGUCCCCACUGUCGCCUCCUGGAGCCUCCUGCACCACCACCGGAAAAUACCACUACUCCAACUUGUUGAGUCCCACUAACAUCAGCCAGUACAACCUGCCACCAGGCAGCAGCAGCAUGAGCCGCUCCAACAGCAUCCCUGCCCAGGACUCCUUUGACCUGUACGGAGAGGGUCACCCACUGGGUGGCAGCGCAACUUCCCUGGAGGACCGACCACGGGCCAUCAGCCGCUCCGGCUCCUUCAGGGACAGCACCGACGAAGUCCAUGGCUCUUCAUUGUCUCUGGUCUCCAGCACGUCUUCACUGUACUCUGCGACGGAGGAGAAAGCACACUCAGAGGGCCAAACAGUCCAAAAUUCCACGCAAAUCAGAAAGCUGCGUCGGGAGCUGGACGCCUCUCAGGAGAAGGUGGCGACCCUGACGUCUCAGCUGUCUGCCAAUGCUCACCUGGUUGCAGCCUUCGAGAAGAGCCUGAGUAACAUGACCUGCCGCCUGCAGAGCCUCACCAUGACCGCAGAACAAAAGGAGUCUGAGUUGGUUGAGUUGAGGGAGACAAUAGAGAUUCUAAAGACCCAGAACACUGAUGCUCAGACAGCCAUCCAGGUGGCGCUCAACGGUCCUGACCACCUGCACAAAGACCUGCGGAUUAGACGGCAGCACUCGUCAGAAAGCAUGUCCAGCAUCAACAGUGCAGCCAGUCACUCCAGCAUGGGCAGUCUGGGCAAGGAUGCCGAAGACAAAAAGAAGAAAAAGAAGAGCUGGGUGGCUGAUUCCAUCCCAGCUCAGUUGCGCAGCUCCUUCAAGCAGGCGUUCAGCAAGAAGAAAACCAAAUCCCAGUCGGCCCACGACGAGAUGGAGGAGAUGACCGACUCCCUGCCGUCCUCGCCCAAACUGCAGCAUGACAACAGGCAAGGCAGCAUUGCCACGCUGCAUUCCUCACCCUCCACCACAGAGCUGUGCGAAUGCACCGAAGCGGAGGCAGAAAUCAUCCUCCAGCUGAAGAACGAGCUGAGGGAGAAGGAGCUCAAAUUGACAGACAUCCGCCUGGAGGCACUUAGCUCCGCCCACCACCUGGACCAGAUCCGAGAGGCCAUGAACCGCAUGCAGAACGAGAUUGAGGCGCUGAAAGCAGAGAACGAUCGCCUCAAGUCCAGCGGUAAUGCCACACCAACGGCCACGCCCGUUAAAACGGCACGGCCACCCUCCGAGACCUCCAGCACGUCCUCGUCCUCCUCUCGUCAGUCCUUGGGGCUGUCGCUCAACAACCUCAACAUCACUGACACCAUCAUGUCAGAUAUUCUGCUCGAUGAUGGAUACGAGGGCAAUCUACGCAAAGAGGGCCGGAGUGUGCGAAUAGUGGUCACCAUUAACAGUGGGCCGUACACAACCAAGGGCACACAAAGCCAGGUGUACCUGAUUGGGUCUAUAGGUGUGAGUGGGAAAACCAAGUGGGAUGUCCUGGAUGGAGUCAUCAGACGCCUUUUCAAGGAGUAUGUGUUUCGGGUGGACCCUCUGACCAGCCUGGGUCUCAGCUCAGACAGCAUCGUCUGCUACAGGAUGGGUGAGGUGGUUCGCUCGCACACCUCUGAAGUGCCUGAGCUGCUGCCCUGCGGCUACCUGGUGGGCGACAACAACGUCAUCAAGGUCAACCUCAAAGGUGUGAAGGAGAACAGCAUAGACAGUUUGGUGUUUGACACACUAAUUCCGAAGCCCAUCAUCCAGCGGUACCUCAACCUGUUGAUGGAGCAUCGUCGUAUCAUCCUCUCAGGACCCAGCGGCACCGGCAAGUCCUUCCUGGCCGCCAAGCUGGCCGAGUACAUAAUUUCCCAGAUGGGCCAGCAGGUGACGGAGCACAACGUGGCCAGCUUCAACGUGGACCAGAAUUCCAGCAAGGACCUGCGUCAGUACCUGUCCAACCUGGCAGAACAGUGUAACUCUGAGGAGACGGACACAGAGCUCCCCACUGUGGUGAUCCUGGACAACCUCCAUCAUAUCGGCUCCCUCAGUGACAUCUUCAACGGCUUCCUCAACUGCAAGUACCACAAAUGCCCUUAUGUUAUUGGGACCAUGAACCAGGGAGUGUCCUCCUCUCCUAACCUCGAGUUACACCAUAAUUUCAGGUGGGUGCUCUGCACCAACCACACUGAGCCAGUCAAAGGGUUCCUGGGCCGUUUCCUGCGGCGAAAGCUGAUAGAGACAGAGAUCGAUAAGAACAUGCGCAGCAAUGACCUGAUUAAGAUCAUCGACUGGAUCCCCAAGACCUGGCAGCACCUCAACGGCUUCCUGGAGGCACACAGCUCCUCUGAUGUCACCAUAGGCCCCCGUCUCUUCCUGUCCUGUCCCUUGGAUGUAGAAGGCUCUCGGGUUUGGUUCACUGACCUGUGGAACUACUCUCUGGUGCCCUACCUGCUGGAGGCUGUCAGGGAAGGGCUUCAGCUGUACGGCAAAAGAGCAGCAUGGGAGGAUCCAUCAAAGUGGGUGAAUGACACUUAUCCAUGGAACGCCGCCUCACUGCAGCAGGACGGCCAGUCGCUGCUGCAACUGAGGCCGGAGGACGUGGGAUACGACGGCUACAGCUCAUCCAAGGAGGGAGCCUCGUCCAAGCAGGUGUCUCAGAGUGACACUGAGGGAGACCCACUGAUGAACAUGCUGCUACGGCUUCAGGAAGCAGCUAACUACUCCAGCACGCAGAGCUGUGACAGUGACAGCACCAGUCACCAUGAUGAUCAGCUGGACUCCUCACUGGAGUCGGCGCUAUGAGACCAGGAGCUGCACUGGGAGACACCAGACCUGUUUGAACCGGGGGACCUUUGAACGAAGUACACAGAUAUAAAGUAUAUGAAAAGUUUUAUUAUCCAAAAUGGUAUACCUGCCAUUUGAAAAAAUAUUUUUACAUUACAAUGGUGCAAUAUUAAAUCAGAUUAUUGUAUGUUUAAAAGAGUAGCCAACUUGGUCCUCAGUGGUCAGAGUGAUAAACAAUCAUACAAGUUGGAUCAGUUAUAUUUUAAGCACAUAAUGACGCUUGCUUUAAUGGAUGUAUAACAUUUUAGAAUACAACUUUUCAUAUAUAUGUAGAGGCGGGACGUGUCUGACAAGGGAUAGUUGUUCCUCUGAAGUUGACUUCCAAGGAGUAAACCACAUUAGUGCUCAGACACGAUGAGCCGCAGAUCACCUGAUUAUUUUAACUUUGGGGUGUCAGUCUCCAACGUGUGAGAAAAAAAGAGAAAGCCAAGAGUUAAAACUGGAUUUUUCUUUUCUUUUUUUUCUUUUUUUUUUUUUAAAUCCCAGAUAUAUCUUGAGCUGUUUACAAUGAGGGGAGGUGGGUUUUGUUGUUUAUGUCUUUCCUUGUUUACAGAGGUGCUUCUCACACACACACUCAUACACUUACACACAGGCAGCAGGAGGACACUGUCCUUUAAUCAGAGGCUUUGAUUGGUUCAAGCCCCCAUGUGACCAACAAUCCAGCCUGCCAAAGUGUCCUUGAGCAAGGCACUAUUGAUGCCACCCUGGGACCCUCAUCUCUGAUUCCACCUAUUGAGGGACUGGAGAGUGUUUUCAGGUGGUGUAAUGCCCUCUGGUGGCCACGGUGGAGACUCUCAGCUGUUAGAAAACUGGUUCUAAACACACAAGUCACAUACUUAUCCGUCUCCUUGUUUACCACUAUAUCACCUUAUUUGGGUGUCUUUGCCUUUUCUGAACAUAAGGACAAUUCUGCACCUCCAUGAUGGCACCAGAUGUGGUUAAUUUGCAAAGCCUCUGCAGCCAAAAUAGGAUCACAAGAAUUACAUUUUCAUAGCAGAACAGCGCACAACCCUCCUGCUCAGUCGUCAGUAUGAGCUUCAUGGUGCUGGUCUCCUGCCCUGAGCCUCCUCAGUGUCAGGCACUGCCAAGCCGCUCCUCGCUGCCCUGCAUGUCAACAACAAGCACAACGAAAGCUCAUUGUCUGCGUGUCAUCCAGCCACAUCGCUACUGUGAAGAAAAAAUGGACAAGUGCCAAUGUUUCCCUUUGAUUUACUGCCAAAUGUAGACACAACCAUACACACACAGAGACUUCACAAUGCACAGCUGACCAUGGUUGUAAACUUCGAUUAAGUUGUUCUUGGCCUUCCACGCUUCACAGCCUGUUGUCACUCCAUAGCUUACAAUGCACCAUGAGAACAGCAGGCAGCGCCUUCUGUGGGUCCUCUCUGAACUGUCUCAAUUGACUGUUUCUUAAACCCUUCCCAUGAGCAGUGAUUGUUCAGUCAUUAGCAACCGUAACUCCACAACUCCGUCAGGCUUUUGCCACACGUUAAGUUGGUGCACAGGGAGAUAUAGUUCGAGAAAUGCUGUAGUUUAGAGGGUUAGUUGCAAUUGUUGACUAACUAGCUCACUACCAAAACAUAGUGCGUAACCUCCUCUUUAUUGAUUUUGGUAAAGUUAACACUCCAAAUAAACAAUUUAGUAUUGACUGAAAGCAUUUGCCAAAAACGUAGGUUAGCCCUCAUCUUAAAAGCCUUUAUCUUGUAAUGAUAAAUAGUGAAACUACUGGACAAUGUCAGCAAAACUUAAAAAUAACGUGUAUCUGGCAUGCAUGUUUAAAGAGAACUGGAUACAAGAUUGGAGGCAGGACGUUGUUUGUUCCCAUUAAAGUUGAGUUGUGGCGCAUUAUCCAUAAAAAGCUAGAUUCCAGAGGUCUGAAAGUUUAGCUCUCCGCUGACUUGAGUGAAUUUAAUGAAAAAGAUUUAACUAUGCAGCUAAAGAAUUCUGAAAUGUCAUCGUACCAAAAGGAUUAAAUCCUGAUAGUAGAGCAAGUCAUUUUGCAGGGGUUGUGAUAUUCCAAAAAAUGUAUCCACUGAUUUACAGACAUCUUUUUUAUAAUGUUAGUCUAUGGGAUAAAGUAUUUUGGGGCUUCAUGUGACAGAUGUUGUAAUUCCAUGUUUGGCUUCUAUUUAAAAUUGGUUGGCCCGUGAUUCAGACCUUCCCAAAAUGUAAUGAGUUCUUCCUGGGCCCAUGCUACACACCUCCACCAAGUUUCAUGAUAAUGCGGUCCAUCAGUUUUUCAGUGAUACUGCUGACCAUCUUGUGUAGAUAAGCAUGAACAAGUAUGCCAGCUAAGCAGCCAGAGUUAUGUUGGAAUUAAAUAGCUGUCUAAUCUGCAGUACAAGAGCAGUGCUGUUUUUGUACUUCCAUGUCUUCUACAUGGAUCAGCAACUGGAUGGAUACUGACUGUUUGCCUCUGACAUGCUGCUUUAGCUGUUGUCUUUUAGCCCAGUAUCACCUAUGUAGCCAUCGAGUUGCACAAUUGAAACCUAUUCACAAAAACUUUGUUAAAAUCAAGCCAGCAGGAAACAUUAAAAAGUCAACUGUUCCUAAACAUCUGUUUUAUAACAACAGCCUUAAUUACCUAGCUAGCUAUUGCUACCUACCAACAUUUCUUUAUUACCCAGCUUGCUGCAGCGAGCCAGGUAAUUAACUUGUGAGGCACGAGGUACGAAAUAAGCUACAGCUAACUACCAGAUUUUUUCUUGAUUUUCUUAGCUACAGCUAGCUGGGUGGUAUUACUUAGCUAGCUAUAGCUACCUAGCAAAUUAAGAAGUGUUGGUAUUAAGUGCUCGGUGUGAGAACGGAAAGCCUGACAGGUGUUGUAACAAUUACCGGGGGAUGUGGGGUUUAAUGGGCGGGGUUUCGGCGAACAGUCAAUUGCUAAUAUAUGAAUUCUUGUGACAUUUACGUGAACCUGCAUUAAAAACCAAGCAGGUGGGGUUUGCUGUGAAAAUUCAGAACUUUAAAAAAUGUCAAAGCCUUCACUCCUGCAGAUAUUAAUCAGUGCUGAUCAAUCAAGAAAGUAUCAGUAAUAUUGAGCUGAAUGAUGCAAGCUAACCGUGUCCUGUUUUGGAGUGUUCUGGCACUCAUUUGAUAGUCUUGUUGAGCACCCAUGUGGUAUCCAUGCGGUACCACUAAAAAAAAAAAGAAUCCAAAGUAUUUUGAAAUGCAAGUAAACCAGAUCGGCCAAGGAGCUGAUUAAGGGAACAAUGAUACUGGUGCUUUCUCACUGCCUUAAAUGUGCAAAAGUUUGGGAGGCAUCCUGUUGCUCCCACGUGAGAAUUUGAGAUGAUGAUUUCGAUGAUGAUGAUUCUGCUUCCUGUUACUUCAAAGAAGCUGCUUGUAGUCGGAAAAACAGCCUCUUUUUGUUUUGUUGUUUUUCUCACUCCCUUUUCCUCCAAACCAUUCUUGUUUCUGACAGUUAAAAAUAUAUAAAAUGCUGUAUUUGAAUUUAAAACUGACCAAUAUUGUAAAAACAUUUAGAAAAAGGGGUGGGGUCUUUUUUAAGUUGUUGUUUUUUCGCCCAGUUGAGCUGGGCUCACUUGAACUGACAGGAGCACAACCAAACUGUUUUGGGUUUUCUAGCCUGACGAGCAUGUUUUGAAGCUUUUUAAAAGGGGAAUGCAUCGAGAAGAGACCUUUACCGUUAUGUAUGCGUGCAUUGGACGGAAGCCAUUUUAAAUUUUGAUUGUCCUCUCUUUGUUUAACGAGUGGGUUGGUUUUGCACACUUUGAGGUCGGGGUGGGUUGUAAAUACUUAAGUCUUGCACAGUGAAUCAAAGAUGCAUUCUGCCCUGUUGAUGUUACAAUAUGCUUAACCCGCUGAGUAAAUUAUUGUACUUUGAAAACAGAGAGAAGAAAAAAAGAAAUGCAAAAACUCAACACGCUGUCGGAAACAGGUGUGUGUCUUGUGGUGAUUGGAUGUUUUGCCUAUGCAGGAGGCAUACGGUGUACAGUAAGAAACAAGUUUUAACUCACCAAAAUCACAGACUGAGAACAAAAAAUAGGCACUUUUCCAGAACCCUCCCCCACCACCACCACCAUAAAAUUCUCUGGAUUUUCUACAUCUUUAGGAAUGCCUGUUGUUCCUUAGAUGCACUUCCUCUCUGGACAUUUUCACCCCAAGCUUACCGCCACGUUAGGCUUGAAAGCUGUCCGAGGCACCGAAGCUGACCUGACACCGUACUGUAUACAUUUCCCAACAACCAACAGGUGCUACUGGUCAGUCAAAGCCCAUCAGAGACCAAGAAGUCAUGUUGUCACAACCUCAGGACAAUCCUAUCCUCUACAAUCCUACCUGUGUUCAGCUUCACACGUGUCUCUGCAGCCAAGCCGCUCAUGGUUCGCACAUAUAUCUGGCCUGCCUUGUGUCUGCAAGGGUGUGUAGUCGCACGAUAACGGGGUAACAGGUCGCUCUUUACCUACAGUUACACCCGAUUAUGAAACCUGAGCUCAGUCCUCCCCCAAUUCACCAUUUCAGCUACUCCACACUCCUGUUUUAGGCCGUGAGUUUCCGAGCUAGCAGAACUUUGACACCUUUACCAGUGUACACCAUAGUGUUGAUGAUCGGCUGGUCAUUUUUCCCCCCACUUUACACUUUGCAGUUACAUCUCAGUUGACAACCAUAGCAUUUACUCUGGUUUGAGAGAAAGUUUUCUUCUUUUUGGGUGAAACAUUUGUCCUUAAAUGUUUUAUAUUUUGUACAUUUGUAUGUAACAUAUCAUGUAAAUAGACAGAGACAGUGAUUUAACUCAUCUGGAGGAUUUUGUAGUCUUUGUAAAGCCCUAAUAAAUGGUAUUUGGUGUCACACAAGCAAACAACAUGCUUAGCGUUUAUCUGUCCAAUUGAAAUGUGUUUGUGUGGUCUGUUGUUAUGAAGUGGAGGGUAAAGGUAUCAGAGAUGGGCAUUUCAAAUUGAAUACAAGGUGUGUCAAGAUGUUACAGUGGCCAGUGGCCGUGUACUUUUAAAUUAAAAAAAAAGUUGUAAUACAGACAAAUCAUCUAUAAUGUUUAACAUUA